GUUUAUUAUAUCAUGAUGAUACCGUAGUACUAUAGAUUGUUGUGUAGUAAAUAAGGAACUUACCGUUUACUUUUAAAUUUAAAUAUUCUGUCUACAGACAUAAUUUGUUAAUUAUUUCGAGCUCUUGCUGAACGAACUUGCUUCCAUAUGUCGGGCUACGAUUCCCGGAGUGAUGGACCCGGUUUUGUCGGAAUUAGAUUCUGUCAAGAAUGUAACAACAUGCUGUAUCCCAAAGAAGACAAAGAACAUAAAGUUCUGUUGUACGCUUGUCGAAAUUGUGAUCACAGACAAAUGGCAGACAGCAAUUGCAUUUAUGUAAACAAAAUUAUGCACGAAAUCAAUGAACUUACACAUAUUGUUUCCGAUGUAACGUCUGAUCCAACUUUACCCAGGUCUGAAGAUCAUCCCUGUCCAAAAUGUAAACAUCGUGAAUCAGUAUUUUUCCAAGCUCAAACUAGACGUGCAGAGGAGGAAAUGAGAUUGUAUUAUGUAUGUACCAAUCCUCAUUGCAUACAUCGCUGGACUGAGUCUUCUAUUUAAUUAUUAUACAAUGUAUGGUUUUAUUUAUUCAUUUAAAGACAAUAUUUAUAAUUGAAAUUAUAAAAAAUAAAAUAUAGGUAUUUUUUAAUCAUACACUUUAUUAUGAACAAUGGAAAAUAAACUAUUAAUUAACAAUAUCACAUUCAAUUUAUUUCUUUCAUUAAACAUUUUUGAGCAGCGUUACAAAUUUUCUCAUCUAAUUUAACUGAAAAAAAAAAAAUUAAAACAAUAGAAUAUUCUACAGUUUAUUUUAAACGCUUACAAAUUUUAUGUUGUCCUUU